AUGGUGAUAAAUAUAUUUUACCGACAACUAUCAGUAUCUAAAUUCUAAAGCAAUGGUCAAAAUAAAUAAUAUUCAAAUACUCAAUAUAGGUAGAAUAAUAUAACUAUUAAAAAAAAAAAUAUAUAUAACUUAAAACAGUCAAGCAUAGCGAACAACCCGCGACUCAAUGCUCAUAGAUUUAUUUAUUUAUUAAUUUCACAGUGCUCAUAAACGUUCUUCAUACAUAUUAUUUAAACUUUUUGUUCCUUUAAUUUUAUGAACAAACACUAAUAGUUUAAUGUUAUGAAACACAUCAUUGUUUAUUUGUUUAAUUGUUUUGCAUUAACACUCUGUACCUUGAACUCCGAAUUACAAUAUAGUGCUUUGUUAUUAAAUAUUCACUGUUAACUUAAAUUAUUGUUUUUUUUUUUACUUUAUGUUGUUGCUAUCUACGUUUAAGUAGAUAUUAUUAACUAAUGUUACUCCACAGAAAACAUCUUACAUACUAUUUCUUGGCGAGUUUUUCAUUCAUACUAGGAUGCACAUUGACAAUGUUCAUUUUGCACACAAUAACAUUUAAGCAAAACACUCCACCAAAUGGACUUAGACUUAGGUUGCUUGUGCUCAUAAUAUCAGCAGUGAAAAAUCAAAAUCGUCGAGAUGCCAUACGGGAAACAUGGGCUCAACCAAAAGAAGACGUUAAGAUACUUUUUGUUGUAUCAAAAGACAAAUCUUUAAAUGAAGAGAAGCUGAUACACAAUGACAUGUUAGAGGUAGAUGAAGAAGAGGGGUACAGAUUACUCACUCGUAAAGUAGUAGCAUCGUUCUCCAGCGUGUGUGAUAUUAACUUUGACUAUUUGUUAAAAUGUGAUGACGACUCUUAUGUCAAUGUGCCAUUAAUUGUCAAUGAGCUGGAACAUAUGCCCAAAAAACGGUUCUAUUGGGGUUAUUUUUAUGGUAAUGCACACAUUAAAAAAAGAGGUAAAUUUAAAGAAACUGAAUGGAUAUUAUGUGAUAGAUAUUUGCCGUAUGCCUUGGGAGGUGGCUAUGUUUUGUCCAAAGAUCUUAUCAUCUAUAUAGUAAAGAAUCGAGAUUACCUAAGUAUGUUUGUUAGUGAAGAUGUUUCUGUUGGAGCUUGGUUAAGUCCAUUAAAUAUAACACGAAAACAUGACCGGCGAUUUGACACAGAAUGGUAUAGUCGUGGAUGUCGAAAUGAUUAUUUAGUAACACAUAAACGUAGUCCUGAAAUGAUGAGACUGCACUGGUCACACAAUAUUCAGACUGGUAAAAUGUGUGAUAAGGAGUUUAAACAUAUGGCUUCCUACGAGUACGACUGGUCGGUUAUGCCAUCUAAAUGUUGUACGAGAAACAUGUCUUUACUCCCAUAAUUUAAUUUUCUAACUUCAA